AUUUCCUGACAGGAAGCUGGAAGAUGAAGAAAAUCUGGUCCAAGAAGCGAUUUCAGAGGACCGGGCACUCCACGCGGACUUUUGGCCGAUUCACCCAUGUUCGGCUGCCGGCUCUUUAGACUCUAAUGGGUACGAAGAGGAUUGGUCGUGUGGGUGAGAGGGAUGCUGGUUUCCAUAGUAACGGUGCUCUCCCGUCUGCCCUCUCUUGCUGCCACUAUGGAAGCGAAGUUUUCCGCUCCUGCCGAAAGCAAAGCUAUGACUCUGAGACCACAGAGGAUGAGACCACCGAGCCUCAGAUGGAAACCAAAGAGGGGUCGGGGAGGCACCAGGACAAGGCCGGACGGAGAGCACCCCCAGGUGAGGGAGGACGGAUGAUGGACUACAACCCGGAUGCUCCGGAUCGCCGGGCCACCCUUCCGGGCUCCUACGACCCCGUGGUGGAGCGUGAGCUCCGCGCUCUGGGCUCCCGCCCGCCGGGGUCCCACCUGGACCCCGCGAACCCGGCCAGGACUCAAACUGUCGAUGAAUCCUCCCAAUCUCCCCAUCCGCCUCUCAGCACACACAGAAACAGCAUCAACUCCCCAAAACGAGACCCAGAUGAAGCCAAGGCCACAGCUCCCCAAUCAUCCGGUGUCACCAUGACGCCCAAACUGGCUCGUGCCGGACCCAAGAUCUUCGAGAAGGUCCGGGCGUAUGAGCAGCGCAGGGCCAGCGUGGAUCUGCCCGGAGGGGCAGCCUCCUUUGACUCGGAUGAGAGAGGGGGGGCGGCCCAGAAGAGGGGGGCUUUCAAGCAGCGAGCCUCUUCGUUAGAGGACAAGACGAGCUACUCCCAGAGGCUGCAGGGCUAUCAGAGCAAGUUCGCCGAGGAGCUCCAGAGGAUCAAGAAGCUGGUGGGCAAGCCGAGCUUGAAGAAGGCAUUCUCCACCGAGCAGCUGUCGCAGAGAGACAGGCUGGCCACGGGGAAGCUGGAGCCCAUCCCUCCGCAAGUGGUUCAGAAGUUGGAGGCGAGGGAGCGAGCCCUGGAGGGGAAGAGGGCCGGGGAGCAAGACGGAGACGGGAUGCUGCCAAUUUCCCCGCAGGCUCAGGGCAGAGGUCCGGGGAAUCAAAGCAGCCGGCCCGCGAGGAAUGAGACGACACGGUCGGAUUCACCGGGGAAACCGGCGGACGGCUCAUCACCAGGAGGCACAGGAAAAAUCUCUGUUGCCAUGGAGACAGCACCAGUUCACCAGUUACCAGGGCAACCACUGCCAACAGCCACAAGGACGGGCCUCGGCAGGGAAGCUGACAAGGAAGUCCUUGUUGCUACAUCAAGCAAAUCCUCUACGUUGUCCACUGACCUGGGCAUUGAUUCAAAGAGAGACACAAAGAUGGACAACACAAGAGACACCUCAACGAAGCGAGCUUCCCCUGUAUCAGCCAGAGAAUCUGUCCUCCAGUGUCCCGCCAAGCCCCCGCGGCUCUCGUCCUCCCCCGUCCCUUCCAUCAGCCCCCUCUUGAAAAGAAGGAAGGCCGAAGGGGGGCGGACGUCUCCAGCCUCAAAGGCCGUGAGCGUCCCCACGAUCCUGGUGGAGGACGAGCCGAUGGAGGCAGAGGAGAGCAUAGCGCAGAGGGGCAACGACGGAAGGAAGAGUAGACGAAAGGAGGGGGAAGUCCAUAAAAGCAAGAAAGAUGCGUCUCCAGACGAAGGAGCUUCGUCUGACGACGAGCCGGCCGAAGUGCCGAGGUUCAAAAAGGCUCCCGAGGACACCACAGCACCCCGCGGGUCGGAGGUCACACUGAGGUGCAUUGUCUCAGGCAGUCCACCGCCGACAGUGACAUGGAGGAAGAAUAACGUGGAGAUCCGUACCGACGCCUUCCAUGCGGUUAGAUCCGAGGGCGAGCACCACAGCCUGGUGGUCAAGGAGAUGAGGCCGAGCAGCGCCGGGUCCUACUGCGUCACGGCCGUCAACGCCGCGGGCCGAGCGUCCCGCGGCGCCACGCUCUACAUCCAAUCAGAGCCGUCCAUCACACGGCGUGGGAAAACAGCGCCGGUCCAGUCCGAUGAGGACUGCCUGAGCCCUCAGCAGGAGGUCAUGGAGCUCGGCGAGUCGCCAUCUCUGAGCAAGAGAGUCCACUUCAAAGAGCCUCCUUCGUUUCAGGUGGCGCCAUGUGACCAGUUGGUGCCUGAAGGUCAAGAUGUUGUCAUAUCGGCCAAAGUUAGAGGGCAGCCCAAACCCAUGGUGUACUGGUCGAAGGACGGAGUCCCGGUGAAAAUGGCGGGCCGCUUCGCGGUGCGUGAGAUCGAGGACGACACCAGCGAGCUCGUCAUCGGCUCCGCCCAGAGAUCUGACACGGGCCGCUACGUCUGCAAGAUCGUCAACGAGUACGGGAGUGAGCAGGCAGAGUGCAGAGUGGAGCUCAGAGCUGCAGCACAAACGGCUCUGGGAAUCAGCAGGCAGGUGAAAGACGUGGCGGUGAGGGCCGGGGAGUCUGCCACGUUUGAGUGUCAUGUCACGGGACCUCCGGACAUGGACGUGGACUGGCUGUCCAACGGGAAGCUGAUCCAGCCGGCGUUGCUCAACUGCAAGAUGCACUUCGACGGGAGGAGGUGCCGUCUGAUGCUGAACUCCGUUCACGAGGAUGACAGCGGGACAUAUACCUGCAAGCUGAGCACUGCUAAAGAGGAGCUGACCUCAAGUGCCAGCCUAAAAGUCACCCCCUCCAAAGAGCCUCUAUUCACUCGUAAGCUGGACAUCCUGGAAGUGAUCGAAGGACGCACCGCGCGUUUUGACUGCAAGGUGAGCGGAUCGCCCGCUCCGCGAGUCACAUGGAUGCAUUUCGAGACACGGGUGGAGGAGAGCGAUAACAUUCGCAUCCUUCAGGAGGGGGGUCGGCACUCGCUCGUCAUCGCCCACGUUAGCGGCGACACGGAAGGCUUCUACACGUCAGUCGCCCAAAACAUUCACGGGAAGGCUGAAUGCACCGCUGAGCUGUACAUGCAGGAACCACGGGCUGCCAUCGCCUCGCACAUGGCAAAGUUGGAGAAGAUGCCAUCCAUCCCCGAGGAGCCUGAGGUGCUGGAGAGCGAGAUGGAAAAGAGGACCAUGCCAGACUUCGUCAAACCCCUGGCAGACGUGGAAGUCAUUGAAGGCAAAGAGGCCGUCCUGAAGUGCAGGGUGACGGGCCUGCCCUACCCAACCAUCGCCUGGUACCACAAGGGCAAACGCAUUGAGAGCAGCGAGGAGCGGAAAAUGACUCAGCACAGGGAUGUCCACAACCUGACCAUCCGGAGCGCGUGUCACGCUCACGGGGGCGUCUACAAGGCGGUCAUCUCCAACAAGGUGGGCAAAGCCGCGUGCUACGCUCACCUGUACGUCACAGACAUCGUUCCGGACCCUCCUGAUGGCCCUCCGGUGAUCGAGGCGAUUACAGGAAAGACGAUCAGCCUCAGCUGGAAGAAACCAAAGAAGCUUGAAACACAUGGUAAUGUGGGUUCCUUGCUGUACGUGGUCCAGCAGCAGCCUCUGGGGUCCAUCCAGUGGUCCGUUGUGGCGUCCAACCUGAGGGACACCAACUACACCGUCACCUCACUCUCCAAAGGAGUCCGCUACGCCUUCAGAGUGCUCUCCUCCACCGGGAAGACGCUGAGCAAACCAUCGCCAUCCACUGACCUAGUCCAGCUCCUGGACAGAGGGCCAUAUUUGAGGAAAACACCGGUCAUUCUGGACAAACCUGAUGUUGUGUACGUGGUUGAGAACCAGCCUGCAAGUGUCACCAUCACUCUGAACCACGUGCAUGCAGUGGUCACCUGGAAAAGGAGAGGUGUGGCGCUCGCCAGUAAGCCGGGGGUGUACGAGAUGAGCAUGCCCGACGACGACCAGCACACCCUGAAGCUGCAGCGCGUCCGGAGCACCGACGUCGGGCAGCUCGUGGUCACGGCCAGCAACCAGUUCGGGAGCGAUCUCUGCACCCUGCAGCUGGCCAUGGCAGUGCCUCCUAAAUUUGAAACCAUCAUGGAGGACGUGGACGUGGACGUUGGGGAGACGUCCCGACUCGCUGUUGUCGUCGAGGGGAAGCCAGACCCCGAUAUCUUUUGGUAUAAGGAUGACUUGCAACUCUCUGAGAGCAACCACUUCACCUUCGUGUACGACGACCCGGAAUACUCCCUGGUGGUCCUCAACGCCCACGCCGAACACUCCGGUGUUUACACCUGCACUGCCAAGAACCUGGCCGGCUCCAACUCCUGCAAGGCCGAGUUUACGGUUCACACAGAGAGAAAAGAGACGGCGGAGCCAAUGGAGGACGAGGGCACCAUCCUGAGGAAGAUGAGGCGCCUGACCGAUUACUACGACAUCCACAAAGAGAUUGGGAGGGGCGCCUUCUCAUACGUGAAGAGGGUGUCGCUUAAGAAGGGAAAGACCGAGUUUGCGGCGAAGUUCAUCAGCGCCCGAGGGAAAAGGAAAGCCGUGGCUAUCCGGGAGAUGGAUCUGCUGUCCGAUCUGGACAACGAGAGGAUUCUCUACUUCCACGACGCGUUUGAGAAGAAGAACGUGGUGGUGCUCAUCACCGAGCUAUGUCACGAGGAGCUGCUGGAGAGAAUCGCCAAGAAGACGACAGUGAUGGAAGUGGAGAUCCGCAGCAGUGUGCAGCAGAUUCUGGAGGGUCUUCGUUAUCUGCACCAAAAAAGCAUCGCUCACCUCGACAUAAAGCCUGAAAACAUUCUCAUGUCAAGUCCGCAAAACGACCACAUUCGCAUUGCUGACUUCGGGAACGCGUUAAAACUGGAGAAGUCGGAGGAGUACUACUGCAAAUACGGCACGCCAGAAUAUGUCGCGCCGGAGAUUGUUAACCAAACUCCUGUUUCCACGGCAACAGACAUAUGGCCUGUUGGCGUCAUCACUUAUCUCUGCCUGACUGGAGUGUCUCCUUUCGCUGGGGAGAAUGACAGAGCCACGGCCUUGAACAUCCGCAACUACAACGUGGCGUUCGAGGAGAGCAUGUUUUCUGACCUGUGCAAAGAAGCGAAGGGAUUCGUCAUCAAGCUUCUGGUCGUGGAUAGACUGAGGCCGAGCGCCGUGGAGUGCCUGCGACAUCCUUGGUUCAAGUCACCAACCAACAAGAGUAUCAGCACAGCAAUGCUGAAGCAAGUCUUGUCAAGAAGGCGAUGGCAGAGGUCUCUCGUCAACUACAAAUCUAAAAUGGUGAUGCGCUCCAUCCCAGAGCUCCUGAAUGACGCCUGCAGCCACGUCUCCAUUGCUGUAGCGCGGCACCUCAAGGAAGGUUCCCCACCACCCUCCUCUUCAUCGGACUCGGAUGCGGACGUGGACGAGCUUCCUUUUAUUCCCAUGCCUCUGUCCAUGGUGUUUUCUGGAUCCAGGGUCUCGCUUAAUGAGAUCCCCGGGGACGACGACGGGACUGGAUGGCCCGGCGUUGUUACUGAUGGGACAAGGAAGAGCCCCGUGCCCAUCGCAGGUAAAAGGUCGAAAAGCGACGAGGAGACUUCGAGCGAGGAGAAAACAGAAGUGAAGCGAGCGCCCCUUAAAAAGGGAUCAAGUGUGGAGACGGAAGAAUCUCAGACAAAAAGCCGUCGAGCCACAAUGAGGAGAGGCAGCUCUGCUGAUUCAGCACUGCUUCUCCACAUUGACCCAGAGGAGGGAAAUGCAAAUGAGGAAACACAAAACAGUAGCAAGACUCUGAAAAAGGCUGUUUCUAUGGAGCUACCCAAUCGCAGCCCAAGCCCUGGAGCUGCAAAGUUAAGCCAGGAGGAUUACGCCCUGAAGCUGGAACUGAUGAGGCAGCGGCUGCUCAGGGGGGGGAACGUGGACAAAAAGAUGAGCGGCCUGCGAGGACCCCUGUUUGAAACGCUCGGGAUGGAGAAUGAAAGGCAGACUGGGUCUCUCGAUCGAAAUCUGAGGAAGUCCAGAGCGGGGCAGUCGACACUCACUAGAGCGGCGUCCUCGGAGAGUCCCGGAGAGGACACGCCAAAGACCAAAGUUUUCCGCAAGAGUGCCUCCUUCACCCAGGAGGACUCGGAGCCCAUGCCUCUGCACCGCCGGUUCGGAGCCCCCUUGGAGAUCCCAUCUGGUGGUAACAGCAGCAUGGAGGGGAAGAAGCUCCAGGAGGCAACAUCCAUGUCUGCAUUAACGGAGCAAACAACUCUGGAGUCACCCACGGAGAGAAUUUCUUUUGUCCUGCCUGAACCAUCGAGACUGGACCAACAGCAAAAACAGGAUAAUGUGAAAAAGCAUGAGGACCGAGGUGGAGAAACAGAGAACAGGACCAAAACCCCGAUCGAAAAGGGAGAAAAAUCUGAGGGGAAAUCUCCUUCUGUUAUUACUCCUAUCAUUGUAAUUGAGGAGGAUGAUGAUGAAGAAGAGGAGGGGAAAGAAAACCAGGCACCACCUAAUGAAAAACCACAAAAAAAUGGGGGAAGUAUCAUUCAGAGUGUUGCAUCCAAAACCUUGAAGCAAAAACCGAGUGACACGACAGAUUCACCUACGUUACCUAAACACCCGGCGGUGUUUGCCAAAGUAGCUACUACUGACCGAUCUGGUUCCGUUUCCUCGGCAUCGAACCCCGAUCUUCCCGCCAUGCCUCGCCAGCCAGUCCUCAGAACCGACAUCAAAGACAUCGACUCCGAGGAAGUGUUUGAGGCCAGGUUUAAAAAGCGCGAGUCAUCUUUGACCCGCGGGCUUCGGAAACUGACCAGGAACAAAUCAGAGGAAAAAUCACCGGUGUUGAGCCGGAAGGCUGUCGAAGGGGGAGAAGAGAUUUACAGGCCAGGACCGAGGGGGGCACCUCUUGAAAUGGUAUCUAAAGGACUGCAGGAGAAAUCCAAGUCCGUUCAGGAUUUAAGAGGAGAAGAUCAAGAAGCCGGCAUGGGUCUGAUCGGGAGGUUUUCCUUGCGAGGCAGGCGGUCAACUUCCACUGAAAAGAAAAGUGAGAAAUCAAAGGACGAAAAGCAGAUGAAGGCACAGGAGCCAGCUGCGAGCAAGAGAGUUUCAUGGGCGUUGGGCCGCAGCAAGUCUCUGGAUACGAAAGAGCUGAACGGUGCUCGCAAGCAGCUGGAAGAGAAAAAAGCUGAGGAGUCAUCGGUUUCUGCAAUGAGGCGCAAGUUUGAGUCCAAAGUGGCGGGCAUCUCUGCCAAAAUACGGACUCAGUCUGAAGAGAGAAAGGAUAAAGACACAGAGAGGAGUCAGAAGGAUUUACAGAAGGUCACGGAUUCCCCCGUGGUAGCCAUGCGACAGAAGUUCGAGAACAAAGUGGCGGGAAUAUCUGCGAAAAUCCGCAGUCAGUCCGAGGAAAGAAAAGCAGAUGGGGAGGGAAAGAGCACGCCGCUGUUCACCCGUCACCGUCAUUCCCAAUCGGAAGGCCGUGGGCUCAAAGGAAUGGGCAUCCCUGAGAACCAGCUGGCCAAGCAAGCCAGCACCACUGCGUCGAAAGAGUCCAUCGAAUCCACUUCGAGCAUCCAGUCCGAGAAAGCCACAGAGAGCGAGAGGAGGUCCAGGUGGGACCGAUGGGGCUUAACGAGGAGCAAGAAAGACAAAACCCCCUCGCAGCCCGAUUUGCCCUCGGCUGUCCCCAAAGAAGAAGCUCUGACAAAAUCCCAACAGUUUAUCCGCUCAGCCUCGGAUUUCGCUCCGGUGUUCCACAUCAAACUGAAAGACCACGUCUUACUGGAGGGGGAACCCGUCACCCUGAGCUGCCUUCCGGCUGGCAGCCCGCAUCCAGAGAUUACAUGGAUGAAAGAUAAGAAACCGCUGGAGGAUGAUUGGAUCAGCCUGAUCUCCCACACAGACGGCAGGCAGCUUCUGAAGAUCGUGAAAUCCAGUCACAGGCACGCCGGAGUUUACGAAUGCGUCGCCACCAACCCCAUAGCUACCAUCACUACCUCCUGCACACUUUCCAUUGCCUGUAUCCCAAAACGUCCAGGGACCCCUGAAGUCCCCCAGACCUACAAUAACACGGCCCUGGUGCUGUGGAAGCCAGCAGAAAACAAAUCCCCAUGCAGCUACACCCUAGAACGAAAGACAGAGGGUGAUUCAAACUGGCUGACAGUUGCCACGGGCAUUACAGACUGUUACUACAAUGUCACAGACCUGCCAUCAAGGGACGCCUUCAAGUUCCGGGUGUGUUGUGUCAACAAGGCCGGACAGGGACCGUACAGCAACUGCUCUGAUGUGAUCCGUCUGGACUCAACAGCUGGGGGAGCUUCACCCACCAUUGCAGUUGUGAAAACAGCUCCAACUCCACAAGAACGAGCGGUUAUCUCCCCAUCGACCACGGUGUCUACGACCACGUCCGUCAAAGAUGCUGAACCCCCGCCUCAAACUGCACCUGUGUCCCCAGCGACAGUUUCCCCUCUGCCGUCAUCAACCACAUUGAAAGCAUCUCCGCCUUUCAUCCUCCCCAAACCGCAGAGUCCAGUAAAUGUGGUGACUCCAAUGACCCAGGUCCCACCCACAUUACCCUCUCCACUCCUUGUAACCCCGCCCCCAACUCCCACCAAACCAGUGGUGGCCUCAGUGCCCACGUACGUCCCCACGACCACUGCACGCGUGGCUCCGACUCCAGUGUCCUUCUCCCCGCAAGUACUGCAGACCUCCAGCCUGAGCCCCAUCGGUGAUGGAGCCAGUACUCCCAACAGGGGAACGCCUUCCGGGCGAACAACCACGGCUCUCCGACAGGGAGUCCCUCAGAAACCGUACACGUUCCUCGAUGAGAAAGCCAGGGGCCGAUUUGGAGUCGUUCGGGAGUGCAGAGAAAACUCGACGGGCAAAAUCUACAUGGCAAAGAUCAUUCCCUACGUUCAGGAAAACAAGCAGGCAAUCCUGAAAGAGUACGAGAUCUUGAAGUCCCUCCACAAUGAGAAGAUCAUGGCUCUGCACGAGGCCUACGUCACACCGCGGUACCUGGUGCUGGUGGCAGAGUACUGCACCGGGAAGGAGCUGCUCUACAGCCUCAUAGACAGGUUCCGAUACUCAGAGGAUGACGUGGUGGGCUACCUGGUCCAGAUUCUCCAAGGAGUCGAGUAUUUGCACAACCGCCGCGUCCUCCACUUGGACCUGAAGCCUGACAACAUCCUGGUGACCAACCUCAACGCCAUCAAGAUUGUGGACUUCGGGAGCGCUCAGAGCUUUAACCCCCUCAGUCUCAAGCACCAGGACUCAGGACUGGGAACACUGGAAUACAUGGCUCCUGAGAUGGUCAAAGGUGAAGUGGUCGGUCCACCGGCAGACAUUUGGUCGAUCGGAGUCGUCGUCUACAUCAUGCUCAGCGGUCGGCUACCCUUCGAAGAUAAAGACCCUCAACGAGUUGAAUCCAAAAUCCUGAUGGCCAAGUUCGACCCGACCAAACUCUACUCCAACGUGUCCCAAAGUGCCUCCACCUUUCUCAAGAAGAUGUUGAGCAGUUACCCAUGGGCCCGUCCGACCACACGAGACUGCUUCACCAACGCCUGGCUGCAGGACUCCUACCUGAUGAAGCUCCGGAGGCAGACGCUCACCUUCACCUCCGGCCGGCUCAAGGAGUUUCUGGUGGAGCGGCAGUGCUGCCGCUCCGAGGAUGCCACCAAGCACAAGGUGCUGCUGCGCACCUACCAGAGCUCGCCGCAGUCCCCGCACGUCCACAAGUGAGAGGGUGGCGGGAACCGAGAGAAAAAUUACGCAAAGCUCUCAUAGUCUCAUAGUGUUUACACGACAAUGCUGCUCGGAACCACCGGAAACGGCCUCCAAGGUGGAACUUUUUGGAAAAGUUCCAAAUCUAAGAAAACGAGGGGAAAGCUACUUUUUGAAAAUGCUCCAACUUUGUCUCCGUGGAAACAUGGGAAAACGCAACUGUUGUGUGCGCACUACCGACAAAGUAAAUAGUUUUCUGCACAUCAGUAGAUAGACAAUACCAAUGUUUUCCUUCAGGUUGUAAUGACUCCCGGUCCAGAUUCUCCUGGAUUUGGUAGUAAUAGCAAUGCAACUUGGUCGUCUGUCAAUACAAAUGUCUGUGUUAACCCUAUUGGUAUUGUUUUGUUCUCCCGUGUGUGGUUUCAUUACAAAAACAACCAACACUGCCCUCUAGUGGCCCCAUAUGAAAACUACAUUGUUUUGCAGCAUUUCUGCAGUUUUGUGUAUAAACUUUUCUGAAAUGAUGGGUUUUUCAUUCGAAACGUUGUCGUGUAAACGAGGCCUGAGCUGAAGUUCAACUCCUCCUAAAAAGAGGGCGUGGCUUAACGGCA